UCCCGCCCUCGGCCGCGCGCAUCUCAUUCCAGCCCUCAUUCCUCACAUUCCAGGCUUCCUCCUUUCAAACCCCAGGCCGGGGGCGGGGAGGGCCCGCAGCUCCCGGCUCCGCCGUGCGGCCGCGUCCCCCAGCUCCCUCGCCGGCCUCCCGGGACCUCAGCGGAGCCGCGGCUGGAAGAGCGGCGCCGGGGCGGACUCCGCGGGACUGGCCCGGCGCGCCCGCCCACCUCCCCGCACCCUGGGACCGGUAAGGCGGCGGCGCGGGAGGAGCUCUCACCCAGGACCGGACUGGGUGGCGAGUCGGGCACGUGGAGGUCCAACGGGCGCUCCUCCAAGCGGAGCCUUGGAGGGCACGGCCGGCACCAUUACCUCCAACGAGUGGAGCUCUCCCAACUCCCCCGAGGGGAGCAACGUCUCUGGGGGCAGCCAGGCCUUGGACAAGCCCAUCGACAAUGACGCGGAGGGCGUGUGGAGCCCUGACAUUGAGCAGAGCUUCCAGGAGGCGCUGGCCAUCUACCCGCCCUGCGGUCGGCGCAAGAUCAUCCUCUCAGACGAAGGCAAGAUGUACGGUCGGAAUGAGCUGAUCGCCCGCUACAUCAAGCUCCGGACAGGGAAGACCCGCACCAGGAAGCAGGUGUCCAGCCACAUCCAGGUGCUGGCUCGGCGAAAAGCCCGCGAGAUCCAGGCCAAGCUAAAGGAUCAGGCAGCUAAGGACAAGGCCCUGCAGAGCAUGGCUGCUAUGUCGUCCGCCCAGAUCAUCUCUGCCACAGCCUUCCACAGUAAAAUGGCCCUCACCCGGGGCCCAGGCUACCCGGCGGUCUCAGGGUUUUGGCAAGGAGCUUUGCCGGGCCACGCCGGAACGUCCCACGAUGUGAAACCUUUCUCUCAGCAAACCUACGCUGUCCAGCCGUCACUGCCUCUGCCAGGGUUCGAGUCUGCCGCAGGAGCCUCCCCGUCGCCCUCCGCGCCCCCAGCACCCCCGUGGCAGGGCCGCAGCGUGGCCAGCCCCAAGCUCUGGAUGUUGGAGUUCUCCGCCUUCCUGGAGCGGCAGCAAGACCCCGAUACGUACAAUAAGCACCUGUUCGUGCACAUCGGCCAGUCGAGCCCCAGCUACAGCGACCCCUACCUCGAAGCCGUGGACAUCCGCCAGAUUUACGACAAGUUCCCGGAGAGGAAGGGUGGUCUCAAGGAGCUCUUUGAACGGGGACCCUCCAACGCCUUUUUCCUCGUGAAGUUCUGGGCAGACCUCAACACCAACAUCGAGGAUGAGGGCAGCUCCUUCUACGGGGUGUCCAGCCAGUACGAGAGUCCCGAGAACAUGACCAUCACCUGCUCCACCAAGGUCUGCUCCUUUGGCAAGCAGGUGGUGGAGAAGGUGGAGACCGAGUACGCGCGCUACGAGAACGGCCACUACUCCUACCGCAUCCACCGCUCGCCGCUCUGCGAGUACAUGAUCAACUUCAUCCACAAGCUGAAGCACCUGCCCGAGAAGUACAUGAUGAACAGCGUGCUGGAGAACUUCACCAUCCUGCAGGUGGUCACCAACAGAGACACGCAGGAGACCCUGCUGUGCGUCGCGUACGUCUUCGAGGUGUCGGCCAGUGAGCACGGGGCUCAGCACCACAUCUACCGGCUGGUGAAGGAAUAAGAGACCGGGGAGCAGGGAGGGGGGCAAGACAUCGUGUGUGCAGGGACGUGGGGAGGGGACCCGCGGGGGCAGCCCCCCCAGAGCGCCAAGAGAGUUGCGGUCAUGACUCUUCUACCCAGGAACAAACUGCCUGAACCCGCAGUACCUAAGCCCAAUAAACCCAAGAUCUGUGCGUCUUCA